AUGUCAUUUUCCCUUACACUCUACAAUGAAUUGAACACGAAAUACAAUCAACUUCAGAUCUACUAUGAAUCUAUUCAAACGUUGAUUCAAAAUCUAUUAUAUCACCAGAAGAAGAAAUCGGAUGAUAAUGAUCUCUUAACUAAGCUUUCGAAGUUCGAAGAAAAUACACACGAAGACUCAAUCAUUGCUCGUUUAAUAAAUGAAAGCAACGAAAUCCGUCAAUGUUUAGAAAGCGCCGAUGAAAGUAUUGUAAACAAAAGACUUCCCAUCAGUGAACUUCAAAAGAAUUUUCAAUCAUCAAAUAGUACACGGGUAGAGAAGCAAUUGGUGAAAAAUAGUCUUGUGUCGUACUUUCAAACACCGAUUGAUAAGCAACAAGAAGUAAUUCCGACCCUAAGUGUACUCGUAGAAUUUACUCAGGAUGAAUACGACAAAGCAAUGAAUGCGAUAUCGAAUAAUUAUGCUAAUAGCACUGCUCUCGCUCGGUUAAGUAGUUGGAUUGGUGGUGGAUAUCCUGUUCGAGCAAAACUUUCAUCGAGUAUUCAGCCUGAUAAGUCAUUUACUGAAUUACUGAUUCAAUAUGUCGAUCAAAAAUUGCCAACCAGAUUCAAUCCCGAUGUAUCCAAUGCAAAGAGCUCUACGAAUGAGCAGUCGAAUAUAGAACAGAAUACGAGUCCUUCUACCCAAUCAUUAUCGAUAAAUACUGACAAACUUGUAACAAUUUGA